CCUCCUCCUCCGCCUCCGCCUCCGCCGCCGUCAACGCCGCCCCCCCCCCUCGCCGGAGCCCGAUCCGAUCGCCGACGACCGACCGACCGCCGCUCGGAUCUCCGACCGUUCGACCCACCCACCCGAUGGCCACCUCCGGCAACAAGAACAUCAACGCCAAGCUGGUGCUUCUUGGAGAUGUUGGAGCUGGCAAAUCUAGCUUAGUACUGCGGUUUGUUAAAGGCCAGUUCGUUGAAUUUCAGGAAUCCACCAUCGGCGCUGCCUUCUUUUCUCAGACUUUGGCUGUAAAUGAUGCAACUGUGAAGUUUGAGAUCUGGGAUACAGCUGGCCAAGAGAGAUACCACAGCUUGGCUCCCAUGUACUAUAGAGGAGCUGCCGCGGCAAUCAUUGUGUAUGACAUGACAAACCUAGCAUCAUUUGAGCGAGCCAAAAAGUGGGUGCAAGAACUUCAAGCACAGGGUAACCCCAACAUGGUUAUGGCUCUUGCUGGAAAUAAAGCAGAUUUGUUGGAUGCCCGGAAGGUUACAGCUGAGGAAGCGCAAACAUAUGCCCAAGAACACGGUCUCUUCUUCAUGGAAACGUCUGCUAAAACUGCUACAAAUGUCAAUGACAUUUUCUAUGAAAUAGCUAAGAGACUACCCAGAGUUCAGCCAGCACCGAACCCAUCGGGAAUGGUUCUCAUGGACAGACCCGCCGAAAGGACGGCGGCCGCAUCGUGUUGUUCUUAAAAGCGGCCCUCGUCCGUGCUUUCUGUAAAAGCCCAUGAUGUGUUCUCCCCGAAAAUGCAUGAUGAAUUUUCGUCACUCAGAAGUUAUCUCGACCGAAUUAUCGGGCGGAAUUGUACAUGCCAUGUCAAUUUAGGCCCCCUCUUAUGCAUAGUGUUACCAAGGGUGUGUGAUAUAAUUUUUCAUAUAUAUAAUGACUAUGGUUUGGCUCCUGUAUCGAUUUCUGUACCUGAGGAUUGCAAAUCGGUUUCGAUGCUCGUAAUGACAUUCCGACUUAUAUCUUUUACACAAUAA